UUUAUUGUAAAAGCUGGAAUUGAGAAAGCCAGAAUGAAAAUAUUUGAAACUCAGAUAAAUAAAUAUGGCGGUUCAGUGAAGACUGAAUUAAAUGACUAUGUUACACACAUUAUUGUUGAUGACAAAAUGGAUGUUGAUAAACUUUGUCGUCUGAUAAAAGCUGACACACCCCCUCAGGAUAACUUAGUAGUCAAGUCUAAUUGGUUAAGUUUGUGCUUUCGAAAUAAAAAACUAGAGGAUACAGCACCUUACUUGCUUGAAACAUUUUUAUCUACAAAGUCAGAAAUAAACUGUAGUGAUUCUGACUCAGGCGAAGAUAAAAAUGCUUCUAAAGAAAAGGAAGCAGACAAGCAGGCCUAUAAAGUUGGAACAAUGUUCAAUAGUCAUUCAAAACCCAAAUGGAAUUUUUCAGGAACAACAGACAUCUUAAUGAAAAUUGGAAUUGUGAAAAUCAAUGUUAUCAGUGCUUCCAAAUGGACAUGUGCUCGAUCAUCAAAAAAUCCGAAACCUAAUGUAAAUCAAGCUAUCACUGAAAAAUUAGAGGAAAUGAUCAGGAAUUAUGAAAGUACCAAUGAUAAAUGGAGAGCGUUUGGUUAUCAGAAAGCAGUUCAAGCUAUUAGAAGUCAUCCUAAUCCUAUUUCUUCAUGGGAGGAAGCUAGAAAUUUAAGAGGUGUUGGGGCAAAGCUAGCUGAUAAAAUUUGGGAAAUUGUACAAAGUGGAGAAUUAAGAAAAUUAAAUGAGUUUAAAUCUAGUGAAGAAAUUAAAGUGUUGAAUAUUUUUAAUAAUGUUUGGGGAGCUGGUCCUACUACAGCCAGAGCUUGGUACCAACAGGGAUUUCGAACUCUUGAAGAUUUAAAAACUAAAGCCAAGUUAACAAGUCAACAGAAAGUAGGUGUGAGACUAUAUGAUGAUAUAUUAGAUAGAAUGUCCAGAGAAGAAGCUGGUGAAAUUGAAGAAGUUGUUCGUGAAGCUGCUGAAUCACUACAAGAUGGUAUAAUAGCUCAAGCUUGUGGCUCAUAUCGACGUGGUAAAGCCACAUGUGGUGAUGUGGAUGUGUUGAUUACACAUCCUGAUGGGAAAUCACACCGUGGUAUUUUCUCAAAAUUAAUCAAUCUUCUAACAGAACAGGGGUUUUUAACAGAUCAUCUAGUAUCAGUUGAAGAUAGUGGGAACCAGAAGAAAUAUUUAGGUGUUUGUAAAUUAAAGGGAGACAAUAGAAAGCACAGAAGAUUAGAUAUUAUUGUGGUACCUUAUAAUGAAUAUGGUUGUGCUUUGGUUUAUUUUACUGGUUCUGCUCAUUUCAAUCGUUCUUUAAGACAUUUAGCUAAAAAGAUGAAUAUGUCCUUAAAUGAACAUGCUUUAAAAUAUGGCGUUGUUAGAAAGGGUGGUGAAAAAAUUCAUGAAGGAACUUUAAUACCUACACCAACAGAAAAAUCAGUAUUUGAACAGUUUAAAAUACCAUAUAGACCUCCAGAAGAACGAGAU